AUGCCGCCGAAGAAAGGUGAGAAGGAAACUCUUCCGGAUGGCGUUCCUGCCAAUUGGAGUGCUUGGCGACUGUCACGAGAUGAACAGGACCGCAGGGAGUCAAGUAGCAUAGACGAAAACAUUGAGAAGGACGUGGCCGAGUUUGCGAAGAAAUUGGUGGACGAUGGAGCCAAAGAAGACGAGGCAGAGACCCAGGUCAAGGUCAACGAUUACAAGGCUAAACUCACCAAAGAUGCGAAGCAAAAUAAAGCCAAACUUUCGAAUGCAAACAAGCAGAACUCCGAUUCUGCUGUGGCGGUCACACCCUCAGCCUCAGCUUCGAGUGCCGCAAAACCGGCUGCGGCGUCAACGACUGUGCAUUCAAGCAAGUUGGGCUACUUUGAGCAAGUGCAGGAAGAUGUUCGUUUGGUGCUGAAGCAUUUGGGCAAAGACUUCGCCACAUUUCCAGCCCUCAGCAUCGCAAAGAAGAAUAGCAAGGAUGAAGGAGGAACUAUGUGGACACAGCCUUCUGUUGGCCAAACACAUUUGGAAGACUAUUUUCAGAACAUUCAUGUACACGAGGGUGAGGGUUGCCACAUCUCCGCUGAUGUGGCUGGAGCUGACCUUUUUUCGGCCAAUCUCCUGAGACAAUUAGCAAAGAGCGGACACCCGCCACCAGAGGACCUCGGUCCAAAGCAAAGGGAUCCCAGCAAAAGGUGCACAACAGUGCAGAAGCGCAGCUUCAAACGAGCAUGCAGACGGAUGUUGACUCACGGAUAUGCUUGGUACCGUGGACGGUUAAUGACGCCUCAGGACUUUCCUCAGGCUUUACAAACAACAAUGCAACGCACACCUGAAACUCGACCUUCCAGCACCAAUCACUUGCAGGACGAUCGCAAUCGACUCCGUGUCCUGCAAUGGAAUCCGGGGGGCAUCACUCAGGGAGUUUUCCAAGAAUUCAAGUAUUGGCUGCAGAACCAACCCAUCGACAUUGCAAUUUUGUGUGAGACGAAAUGGAGCUUUUCAGCCUGUUGGAGUGAUGACAGAUGGUCAUAUGUGCACUCGACCACAGAUGAACCACGCUCAGGCGGGGUGUUAGUGAUGAUUGCACGCAAAUGGGCACAUCCCAAUCAGAUUGGCUAUCAUGAGGAAUUGCCUGGUAGGAUCCUACAUGUUCGGGUACAUUUUGGGAAACGAUCCACAGACAUUGUAGCAGUUUACCAAUUUACAGACUACCGAGACAAAAUCUCCUAUGACCGUAGGCAAAAAUUUUGGACUCUCCUCGAUCAAUAUUUGAACAGACUCCCUAAUCGGAAUCAACUCAUUUGCAGUGGAGACUUCAACUGCGCCCUGCAGCAGCAACUACCAUGGAGUGGUACCCAUGGCUUCAGGUGGCAAGACAGACACCAACAGGGAUAUCAGCACCGGGACCAUCACCGGUUCCACGCUCUCCUGGCGGACCAACAGUUGGUGGCUCUCAACACCUGGAACGAGUCCAAAGGCCCAACCUAUUACCAUGGGGACUAUGCGGCUAGGAUUGAUUUCAUUUGCACUCGGUUACAUGCCUGUGACGGUAAAUCCAAAGAUGUGGCAUAUCUCAACACAGCCGAAUUUGUGCCAAUAAACAAUGCCCAUCACAUACCCAUUCUUGCGACAGUCAAGAAGAUUCAUGUGCAAUAUCACGUGGCCAGUGUUCCGAAGGCAUGUAAUUUGGACCAACGCGCCAGAUGCAGACAAGCCCAAUUGCAGGAUUUGCCACAAUGGCAUGAUUUGACGGCGAGCGUUUGUGCAGCAGUGACACAACUGACAGAAUCAGUCUGGAAACACUGGAGUGCGUUUAGACGCCUGCAACGGGUUCAACAGAAACAGGCCAGACAGGCCAAGAUUCGACGCUUUCAAGACAUGUGUCAAGAACUUCAACAUGCGGCAAACCGACAUGAUGCACAUGGAAUGUUUAAAAUUAUUAAUCAAUACACCCCCAAGAAGUCCAUGUCUCGAAUCCGUUUGCGCACACCAGAUGGCCACAUUGCAGAUCAAUAUGCAACACAUUCCAUGCUGGUAGAGUACGUUCAACGCACAUGGCAGGGGCCAAGUGACCUUCCGAAGUUUCAUGAGGGGCCACCCGGCGUACCUUUCGAUGCUGAUCAGAUCCGUUGUGCAGUGCUUCGACUACAUCCCAACAAGUCCGUAGCCAUGCCUUUCUUGCCAGCAAUCAUAUGGAAAGGGGCCCCUGAUCAGAUUGCAACCUUUCUCCAUGAAACCUUGCAGGAAUGGUGGGGACAAUACCCGCCCAUCAUUCCCCAAGAUUGGAAGGAUGCAUGGUUGUAUUUCAUCCCCAAACCGGGCAAGCCUAGCAAUAGCCCAGCCAAUCUCCGACCCAUUUCUUUAAUGGAAACGUUUGGCAAAUUGGUGAUGGGGCUCAUUGCUGAUCAGCUGAAACUGCACUUGGAAAAAGCCUUGUGUCAAUUUCCACAGCUUGGUUUUCUCCCACAGCGUGGGGCAUUGGAUGCUAUCAGUAGAGUUUCACAGCAUUGCACCCUGAUCCGCACACUGAUCAAUGCCAACCGGCGCACAGUUUCACGACAGAUGCUCAUGCCGCCACGGCAUACUGUCGUGGGAGGGAUCCAAAUGUUUUUAGACUUGACAAGAGCAUUUGAUUGUGCAGACAGAGCUAUCUUGGUGGAACACCUACAUGAACUCAAUACCCCCCAUGCGUUACUCACCAUCAUCACACACUGGCAUGAGGGUACCCGGUAUCACAUUGUUUCCCCACACAAUGUCACCCCUGUUGAUGUUGGGUUGGGAUUGCGCCAAGGAUGUAAGAUUGCCCCAUUGUUGUGGUUGGUCUACAUGAGCAAACUCCUUCACAUCCUGGUACCUCUGACGGGUGAAUCGUGGAUCAGGGAAUGCUUAACCUUGUACGCGGACGAUGUGCAUGUGGGCUGCCAGUUUUUGACACUUCAGGAACUUGAUCAUCAUUUGCAAUGUAUGGGCCACCUAUUGGAUUGUAUUGAACGAUUGAAGCUCACCCUGUCAUACCAGAAGACCUUUGUGAUCCUGGCAGCCACAGGUAGCACAGCAAAAAGUGCUCUCAAGGGAAGAGUCAAUCACACCCCAUCAAAGAUGAUGAUGGUGAUCCCUCGUGGCGAUGGAAGCAAAACGGAACUGCCUUUGCGAUCAGCAGUGACAUACCUUGGUACAACAAUGUCAUAUGGAGCAUAUGAGAUGCAGACAUGGAAACAACGCAAACGGGCUGGCUGGGCCGCUUUUUCCAGACUGAAAUGCUGGCUGCAACAUCGACCCAUCAGCUUGGCUCAUCGGCUCUAUCUGUGGAGAACGUGUAUUCACACAAUCAUCACGUAUGGCAUCACAGCAACCAAUGUCACUGUGAAGCACAUCUCAUGGAAUCACUUGCCAGACCUCAUUGAUCUCAUUCAAAGAUUGCAGGCAGUCUCGGCAGAUGUUCCUAUUGAGGAUGACGCCACAUCCCUACAGGCUGAACAGAGACCGCCACUGCCCCCUGCAGCGGCUGCCACCUCAAGCACAUGCAAGGCAGAAACGGAAGAUUUUCACGUGAUUCAUCAGAUCUUCUGGCCUGAGCUUAAACGGAUGACACAGGCAGCCAUGAUCUUUUACACCAGUGAGCAGGACAUCCUGGUACCCUGGCAAUUCACUGCGAGCCAAUACAUCAGGUCAAACGACGACGAACCGCAAGCCAAAAAGCUGCGACAGGGACCCACGGCUCACAAAGAGCCAGAUCCCAACCAGGGGCAAAAGGCUAUCCUGAACCUGGUAAAGCUUAUGGCACAGGUGGUCAUCCAGCACGACAAGGCCAUCCAGCUACACCAACGUCAGGAAUGCUUCGUUUUGUUCGUCCAGUCCAGCCCGGGCAGCGCCUUGACAACAUUGACGCAGCAAACUCUGGAAUGGAAGACCAAAUGGGCACAGGAGUUGGACCACCCCAAGAGGCCCACUCUCAGAACGUUCCUCUUUCGCAGCCUGAUAGUGGAUCUGCAACAGAGGGUGGUCAAGCUGUCACAGAGCAGCCCAGGACAACAGCUCUGGGACACAGCAGUGCAGGAAGGAGUGAUUCAGGCAGACGGGUCAUGGCCUUUUCAGAAAUGGUGCCAUCAGUCCAAGAAACUCAUCACGGCUCACCGCAAACCGGCAGAGAUGAGUCGGGCUCUCAAGGACCUGCAGUUCCUGAUAGAGUUGCUGGAGGAGAACAGUCACAUCCAGCGUUUUCAUGGAAUGAAGCCGCAGAAAGCAGUGGUGCCGUGGAUCCUCCAGGUCAGCUUGAGAGAACAGGACGUCUGGAUCCUGCUGGAGUUUUGGGCACAGUCAACGCUGUGGUCGCUGGUGGGCGUGUCGAUGAAAAUGCACUCCCAAACCAUGAGCAAACCAGCUCAGACCCUGGAGAGUCUGCUGAACCCACGCAACGGGAAGAGUUCAGGUAAUCUCUGCUAUGCCAAUGCCUCCAUCACAUCCUUUGUGUGGGCAAGUCUCUCCCGGCACACUUUCGAGUACGUUGAUUGGGGCUCAUCAGCUGAGGCAUUUCUUUUCAUGCUGAGAUCCACUGACAGUCCAUAUGCCGUUGAUCAACAACAUUGGUUCCAAGAAAUUGUUGCACCAUGGACGGCACAAGACGGUCAGGCAGACUCGGCGGAAUUUACGUGUUGGCAUGUGGAGCUGGGCAUGCAGGCGGGGUUACUCAGGGCACCUGAACUUCUCUGUGUCCACAUUGACCGCCUGGAGCGCAAUGGUUCCAACCUUAUUCAGAAGCUGCAGACUCCUGUCAUUUUCACUGGACAGAUUGCUGUUCCCGUGUUUGUGCAACAGGGCAUUGACUGUGCGUGGAAUCAGUACUAUGCAGUGGCGGCUUUUGCGCAUUAUGGUGAAGACAAUGCAGGGCAUUAUCAGGCACUGCUCCGUACCACGGACCCGAAAGGCACUGCAGAUCGAUCAUGUUGGCUUCACUGUGAUGACUGUCGCCGCCCCAUCCCAUGCACAGAAAUCCCUGCAGGUUUUCAUGCGAGCGUUACCUGUGUAUGGCUCUGCAGAGCGGAUGUCAUGGAGCUUCACCAAUGGCAGCAGGUAGUUCCCCAGGUCUCCCCAUUGGGAGGGUUGAUGCAGAUGCUGGCAACAUAA